CUCCACCCUCUACAGAUGUCCGCAAGCGCUCGAGGAGCGUUCAUUCAACCAACCCGCGCUGCUGGCAGUUCCGUAUAGUAGGGGUAUUUAAACGAUAUCUCACGAUCCUGUGUCUUAUUCUGACAUAAGAGUAGGCGUUUGUGGCGUUUUCAUUGCCAAGGCGUGACAACAAAGACUCAAAGAUUUGUUUGUUGUUUGCGAACGAUUCAUGUUAAAGUAAAGGGUGACUUAAACGGCUUUCAGUCAUGCGGACGCAGAUUCGUAAGUGGUUGGAGAUAAACACCAGAUAACCAGUCCUGAAAGUGCCCACAUACAUUUACAAUGACGAGAUUAGAGAACGAAUCGUUAUCUGUUUGACCAACUGAACCGAUCAAAGUGCAAACAAGAAACAAGAGAGGCUUCUGUCAGGGAAGGUGAGGAAGAGGAAUCGUUUGCUACAGGAAUCACUAAAAUUGGCCACUUAAUGGGAACAGAUAACGUUUCAGAGUUAAAGGGGAAGGAGGACAAGUCUCAGUGGAAGGAGUUAAUCGAGGAUAUAAGUGUUUUACAAUGGGUGUUUUCAUUUCUGUUUUUAGGAGCGGCCUGUCUGCUGUUGAUGAUCUAUUUGAUGUUCACCUCUCUGUGGCUUGUUCCCACACUCUACUUCUCAUGGCAGAUCUAUGAUUGGCACACACCCGAAAGAGGUGGCAGACGAACAAAAUUGGUGAGAGACUGGGUUGUAUGGAAACACUACAGAGACUAUUUUCCUGUGAAGCUAGUAAAGACUGCUGAAUUGAAUCCCAGUAAGAACUAUAUUAUGGGUUGUCACCCCCAUGGCAUCAUGUGUGUGGGAGCCUUCUCGUGUUUCAGCACAGACCGUAAUGGAUUUGUGGAAACCUUUCCUGGAAUACGCCCCACGCUUGCAAUUCUGGCUGGACUUUUCCGCCUUCCUCUCUUCAGAGAGUAUAUUUUGUCUGCAGGUCUGUUGCCUGUGAGUAAGGACAGUUUAAAUUACUUGCUGAGCCGUACUGGUGUGGGUAACGCUGUGGUCAUCAUCAUUGGUGGGGCAGAGGAAUCACUUACCUCAUCUCCAGGAGUGAACACUUUAGUCAUGAAACACAGGAAGGGUUUUGUACGACUGGCCCUUGAACACGGGGCUGACCUGGUUCCUGUGUACUCCUUUGGUGAGAAUGAGCUGUUCCCACAGGUGGUUCUAUCCGAGGGCAGUGUUGGGCGACGGCUACAGGCUCUUUUUAAGCAGAUUAUGGGUUUUGCUCCAUGUCUCUUCACUGGGGGGCGCUGGCUGCUUCUGCCAUACAGACGCCCUGUCACCACUGUGGUGGGCUGUCCCAUUACUGUGCCUCAGUUUGACAGUCCAUCGCAGAAACAGGUGGAUUAUUACCACAGUUUAUACAUGAAGUCUCUGUCUGAACUUUUCCACGAACACAAAACCAGCUACGGACUGGCCGACACACAUGAGCUGCGCUUUAUAUAGAAAUGUUGGAAAGCACAAAGUUAUUGAAACAGCUGCUGGAAUUAUGAUGUGGGACAGAAACAUACUUAUUUCUGUAUUGUUUUCAUGCGAACGGUUUAGCUUUUUGGUUCUCCAAAAUGAUGCUCAAAGCACAAAGUGAACCAAAUGAAUGAAUGCAGUUUGGGGUCUAAAUCAGAAUGAUGCUCUCGUCCUAUGGAGCUGUUUAUGUGCUAUAAACAAACACACAAAAAAUCUUUAGUCAUCCAAAAAGAAAGGAUUUAUCACCUUUAUCAGUGAUGGAAAUUUAACAUAAAAUUUUAGUGCUUAUAAUGAAAAGAUGUAUAAAGAGUAUUUUUUUAAAAGUAUGAAAAUAUAAUUUCCAGCUAAUAAUUAUUUUAAUAUCAGAAAUAUGGAUGAUUUAUACAUGUAUAUUGAUGCUUUUACCUUAAACUCAGUGGCAUUUUAAAGUGCAAAGUCUUGAAAUACCUCUCUUCUUGCAAAACAAAUAAAACAAGCACAUUUUUACCA